AUGAAAUUUUUCCCAUCCAACAAGAUAGUGCAAACCAGAUGUGAUAUCACCAACUUCAUGCAGAAGGAUGGUGAGACCUUAGUGGAUGUGUGGGAGAGGUUUAAGAUCCUUCUUAAACAAUGUCCCAACCAUGGCUUGCCCUGUUGGGCAGUGUUGCAAACCCUUUACAACAACCUUAACACCCAAAACAGAGCCUUAGCAAAUUCUCCUGCUAAUGGAAUGUUUAUGUUCACGUCCUUUAAUCAAGCCUACGAGUUGUUAGAACAAAUGACUCGAAAUUAUGCCCAAUGGCCUGAAGAGAGAAAUCAGUCAAGGAGAGUGGCUGGUUUACAUGAGGUAGAUCCAGUAACAGCCUUUUCAGCCAAGUUUGAUGCACUAUCCACUUUAGUGAGAACCCAAGGACAAGCCAUUGAGGUAAGAUUGUCUCAGCCUCAAGUUCCAAUACCUACUCACCAAGUUCCAGUAUCCCAACCUCAAGUCAAUGCAGUGAACACAGGUGAAACUUGUGUUUUCUGUGGUGGACCCCAUUUGUUUGGUAGCUGCCCAUCCAACCCUGAAUCUGUCUUUUAUGUGGGGAACCAAAAUAGGAACCAAAAUAAUUUUUCCAACAACUUUAAUCAAGGUUGGAGGCAGAAUCAACAGCCUCAAUAUUUCCAAGGGCAAGGGCAGCAAGCUGGCCCCUCCAAUAUCCAAACCAAACCACAUUUUCCCUCUCAAAACUACCAACAAUAUCCAAGGCAACAACCUGUUGCUCAAUCUAGUGAGAUGCCUACCUCUUCAACUUCUUCCUUAGAAGCUUUGUUAAGAGAAUAUUUAGUCAAGAAUGAAACUAAGCAAAACAGCUUGGAAGCUGUUGUGCAAAAUAUUCCUGCAUCUUUGAGGAAUAUAGGAUCCCAACUAGGCCAUUUAGCAAAUACUAUGAAUAGCAGACCCUCUGGUACCAUGCCUAGUAACACUGAAGAGCCUAGGAGAAAUAAUGAGCAAUGUCAUAUGAUAGAGCUCAGAAAUGGAAGAUCUGUGAUAGAUCAUAUGAUAGAGCCAGAAAUUCAGACUCAACCAGACCUAUCUUUAGGGACUAUUUCCAUGGAAAAGUCCAUUUCAAGGGGUCAAGCAUCCAAGUCAAAUGUUGAGACACCUGUUGUCUCAAACAGACCCCCACCCCCUUUUCCUCAAAG